UUCCAGUCUGUUGCGCGUUGCCUCUGCCCUCUCUCUCUCUCUCUCUCUACCUUUCCUAUCUGGCUUCCGUUCUUCGCUGGGAGAAGAACACAUUGCAGUUUACACCCGACAUCAUUCGGGAACUCCGAACGUCGAACCUGACCGAAUCAACAAAACUUGCAGCUUUGCCAGACACCUGGAAUGGCGACUGCAAGAUAUGAUGUGAGCCUGCUUCCAAUCCUAGCUCUUGCUCUGUCGUCAUCUUUGUGGACCGUGAUUUCGGACGACACAAACCACGUCUUCUCGCCCUGCGCCGACACCAAGGUUCAGUUGUCCGACGGCUACACCUUUGGGAUCGUCUUCGCCUCUAGGAACGCCUUCUACAACAAUGGAAACACUAGUGGAACCCAGUUGUCUCCCUGUGAUAGCCGGCUCGGUCUCUCCGGCCAAAGCGCUCAGAUCUCCGUCUUCAGGCCCAAAGUCGACGAGAUCUCCAUCCUCACCAUCAAUACCUCUUCCUUCUCUCCGGACAACGUUGGUGGAUACAUGGUUGCAUUUGGUGGCCGAAAAUACGCUGCAAGGUCUCUACCCGCUUUUGUCGCAAAUGGUACAUACACUGUGACAAGCUUUACCCUGGUACUCGAAUUCCAGAAGGGUAGGCUGCAAAACUUGUACUGGAAAAGAGAUGGUUGUGCUAAAUGCGGUGGUCCAAGUGGGACGGGGAUGGUCUGCCUGAACAAUCAAGAUUGUGCAAUCAGAACUCCUAGCUGCAAGAACCAUGGAGGUAACGUCGACUGCAGCAUUGGGAUCCAGCUAGCUUUCUCCGGCACAGACAAGCACUACUCAGCCCUCAACUCCUGGUACGAAGUGGAGAAUUUGAGACAGUACUCCCUUUUCAAGCUCUACUCAAAUCUCAGGGAUUCUUUAACAAGCCAGUACGACUCCAUCUUUAACUAGCCAGUCGAUCGAAAACACCACGGGAUCUUUCAAUUCUUUUUUUGGGUGGGAAAAUGAGUUUGCUUAAUCUCUGUGUGGUUGUUUUCCAUGUCUGUUGUAACGUGUUAAGAGUCCCAAGAUGGUUCAGACUUGCAAAACUGUGUGGGUUGGAACUUGGAUGUAUGCUGCUACUUUCCUCUACUGUUACUGACAGUUCGUGUGUAAAGUACAGGGUCAAUGACAUGAAUGGUCACUUACUUUUGGUUUUACUAACAGGAUGAUCCAUCGCUUGAUGGUGACUUGCGUAACGUUUACACAAACAGAAUGACCAAUUACUGACUAAUGAAAUAGUAUUUUU